AUGGGGAAUGUCGCCAGCCGCCUCGACGAUGCGGGGAACUUGUUCUUCAAGGAUCAGAAUCGCUUCUCGAUCGCAUCGGUCACCAUCAGCAACCCCCGGCGUCGACUUUUGACCUUAACCCCUAAUGCGUUCCCCGCGGUGAGAUUCGCUGCAAAGCGCGACGUCGGCGAUGAGGCUCCGAUCGAAUACAUUCAGGACCCCGACACAUCCUCCGCUCCGAUCCCGACUUUUAUGCUGCGCCUGUCCAACGACGAAGAGCUGAUCUUCAACUUCACCUUUAUUAUUCGUCAAACACAGAUCGGAAGCGCUGCGAGCUCAACUGUCAAUGGAGUCGCAUCCUCGAUGCCCGAGGUGGCGGAUACCAACCUCACGGGGCUGACGUUUGCUCAUGCGUCCAACUCAAAGGAACUCGAUAAUCUGAUCACGAGAGAAUUCCACGCGAAUCCGAAUCUCCAAAAUAACUCGAAUGUUCAGUUGAUUGGAGACUAUUCGACCGGGGGGACCCCCUCCGUGACCUUUGACUGGUCCUGGUCCUGGAAGCCCCCCAAGCCGAUGGAAGACAAAGGGGGCGGUUGGCGCAACAGCUGCAGUUUCUUGGACUAUGAUCAACGAACAAACCGCCUCAACACUCUUGCCCACUUCUCCUUCUGGGUACACAACACUCCUCGUCUCCUCCCAAGCCCCAGCCCCCAGCUCAACUCUCCGAAACUCGAACUACCCGUUCUCCCGCGCUCGCGCAUCCCGUCCACCCAGUCCGUUGUGUCACAUUAUAGCGACGCAGAGUCCAUCUACAACACCGAAACCACAUCCCCAGAGCCCACCGAAAAGGCACUGCCUCCUCCUCCGCCGACCGCACCCCCUCCCCCACCACCGGCCAAGGUGGAUCUCCCACAUUCACGAGCGGGCGACGAGAUGAGUGGUGUGGAAGAUGGACCCUUGUUCCGGGCAACGAUGAAAGCCCUGGAAUCCAAGACGACAAACAUGCGAUCGAAGAUCAAAAAGGUGCUCAAAAAAGCCGAAAGUGCGCAACAGGCGCAAGCAAGCUGCAAUGAAGCCGUGGAGGCGUUCCUGGGGUCGUUGAAUGAUGCAUCCACAUCCAAUGCGAAUGCCAUCCAACCCGCAUUAGACCAUUAUUUCGAAAAGAUCGCUCGGCAGAUUCUGAAAUACGAACAGCUCAACACCCUCCAACUUCAAAAGCUGGUCAUUGAACCUUUGGUCAAACUGUAUCAUAAUGAUAUCAAACAAGCAGAGGCCAAAAAGAAGGAGUGGGAUGAAGAGAGUCGCGAUUACUAUGCAUAUGUCAGCCGGUAUCUGGGCCAGCGCCAAGAUUCCCUGAAGGAGAAGAAGCGCGCCGAAAGCGACUCCAAGUAUCAGGUCAAGCGACGGAACUUUGAACUCAGGCGCUUCGACUACUCCGCUUUCAUGCAAGAUCUCCACGGAGGUCGCAAGGAACAGGAGGUUCUCUCCCAUCUCACCAAGUAUGCCGACUUCCAAGCCAAGAACUUUUUAGCAACUGCCAAGAAUGUUGAAUGCAUGACCCCCCAACUGGAUGCCCUCAUUCAUGAAGUCAACCAGGCAGACAAGGAGUUCCAGUUCCAACGCACCGAACGCGAAGAGAAACGGCGGGCCUUGGAAAACGGCAGCAACCCGUAUCUCGAACCCGACGCCGUGGCCGGCACAGCUGUUGCGUCUGUCACAUCACCUGGAGCGAGCAACGGUGGUACUUCCGAUGUUGAGCUUGGUCGUGCUGACAGCACAGGCUCGCAGCUUCGAGGUGUGAUCAGCAACUCCUCAUCAGUUUCGUCCCAAGCCAACGCAGGGUCCGUCGCUUCAGCCGCGGGGACUUGUGCACCUGCAUCCAACCCGACAGCAGCGGGGACACCCAACCAGAACCGCUUCAAGGGCAUUCGUGAUCUGGAGGAGCAAACCAGUCUCGGUUCCGAUCGCACAGGCGGCCAGCAGCGAAAAGAAGGUCUCCUGUGGGCGUUAUCCCGCCCGGGAUCACAUAUCGAUCCCAAGGGAAUCAAUAAACAGGCAUGGCAUAAAUUUUGGAUCGUUUUGGAUCAAGGCAAAUUGUCUGAAUAUAGCAACUGGAAACAAAAGCUGGACCUUCACAUGGACCCAAUUGACCUGCGCAUGGCAUCUGUACGCGAAGCACGCAAUGCUGAGCGACGAUUCUGCUUUGAGGUGAUCACACCUCAAUUCAAACGCAUUUAUCAAGCUACGUCCGAAGAUGACAUGUCGAACUGGAUUAGGUCCAUCAACAACGCACUCCAAAGUGCGGUCGAGGGCCAGGGGACGCCGCCCCCUUCUUCGUCUAGAAACGAUCCCCCCAGUCGGGAUAUUGGUUCCGCAUUAACGGGGAAAAGCUCCUCUGUAUCUGGGCAUCACGGCUACUCCAACUCUAGCUCAAGCAACAGUGCCGGCGUGAUUCGCCGAACAACCGUUGGUGCACGCCCCAGCUACGUCCGCCAUGACAGUAAUAGCUUUGAAGAGAACCCCGCGAGACUUCUCCAGGUCAUCCGCGAUGCAGACCAGGGCAAUAACUGGUGUGCCGAUUGCGGAUCAUCAUCCAAGGUUGAGUGGGUGUCAAUCAACCUAGGAAUUGUGCUUUGCAUUGAAUGUAGUGGAAUCCACCGUUCACUAGGCACGCACAUCUCCAAGAUUCGCUCACUCACGUUGGAUGUCCAUUCGUUCUCCAAUGACAUUGUCGAGAUUCUUCUGCAGAUUGGUAACCGCGUGAGUAACAUGAUCUGGGAGGCCACAUUGGAUCAGACCUUGAAGCCAAACGCCAGUUCCACUCGCGAGCAGCGUCUGAAGUUCAUCACGGCCAAAUAUGUCGACAAAGCCUACGUCGAGGGUCUCCCCUCUCCACGUUCCAGUUUUGCGACCCCGGAUGAAACACUGCUGGCCUCCAUCAAGAAGAACGACAUAGUAGGCGUCCUCUACGGUCUCGCCCUUCGUGCCAACAUCAACAUCACAGACCGCUCCCGCAACACCCAUGCCACAUUCCUCGCUCUCGCUGCGGCAGAUCCUGCAUCCCCGGGUUCAACCCCAACAUCCACCUCCACCUCUUCCUCCCUCUCCCGCACAUCCACCAAAGCAAUCCCAUUCCCCGUCGCCGAGCUCCUUGUUCAAAACGGCGCGGAGAUUCCUCCUCAACCCCCCUCCAUUCCUCUCUCCCCAGCAGCCCGUCUCUACCUCAGCCAGCGCACCGCUCGCACUUCCGCAUUCAGCGUUCCACCCCCGCCUUUGGGGGGCAAGUCCUCUGCCAACGAUACCCUGGGCUCCCUCCCCACAAUCCGCAGCAAGGAACCCGCGCACACCCCCACCCUCGCCGAAAGCCGAGACAAAGACCGUGAAAAACUGUCCAAGCGUGGAAGCGCCGGUGCUCGCUUUGCUGGGAAGGUCGCUUCCCUUGGCAUCGAUCGCUGA